AUGCCCUCGCAAGUUACGACCAAUGUCUCACAGUACCAUAUUGCUGACCUUUAUCCUCUGAGUCAGUCGCAAUGUUUUCCUGACACUGUGAGGUGUGUUAAGAUCGAAAACAACAACAACACCACCACCGACAAGUUUUACGCAGCUGCAAGAAACGCAUUUGGAGAUGGCCUCAUUGACAGCCCUAACCUCAUUUUCCGAGGCUUGUCGCUUACUGCGCUAGAACUGUCGAUGACAUAUUUCAUUCCAGUGAUAGACACAAAGUCCAUUGACAAGGAUUCUGCACCAGGGAUCUAUGCCACAGACAGUUUUGCGAUGGCCAAAAGCUAUGCGCAAUCUAACGGUGCUAUUAUGGUGUUCAAGGAUACGGACUACUACCGUGAUAUGACGGUGUGGAGGCCUGACCAAGACGAAUGGAAGCACCUGACUGCCGCAUGGCUGCUCCGACUUCCGCUAAACGAUGUCUCUGUUUCAUCGAAAUACAAAACGGCAGACACCAUCAUUGGACCAGCGUCGAAAACUCGCGGAGGACAAAAGGCUUUCCAGAACAAGGCUCGGAGAACCAGAUGGUGUUUGUUAGCUACAAGGGAUGUGAACGCUUAG